CCCAGGGAACAGGCGCCGAGCCGCAGAGCGCGGUGCCGGUGGCCCUGGAGCGGUGACACUGGGAACCCGGGGCGGCGGGGACACAGGCGCCGAGGGACGGGCCUCUCCGCACGGCCCAGACGCCGCCGCCGGCCUGGCGCCCGACUACGUGCUUUUAAUGCUGUGUCCCUUGCACACAUGCUAUUUACCCGCGGUUCUAAUGAUCUAAAAAGCUAGGUUCUGCUCCUGAUUUCCUUCCCGUGAGGUUACAGGAAAGAACAUGAUGUCAUUUGAGCGAGACAAAUAAACCUGCAAUGAAACACUAGCCAGGCAAUAUAGGAUUACUUUCUGCAGAAACAGGCAUCACCAUGCUACAGUGUAAUGAAGCUGUUACUUGCAACCAUUUCAGGACGUUGUCGCAGCAGAAUAUAUUUUUGAGUUGAUUUUUACAUAUUAAUUUUUGGAGCUUCAAAAUACAAUGAGAUGUGUUUUGAAAUGACUGCUAUUCAUUUGCGGAUUUCGGAGCAUGAGGAAAAAAAUGCGCAACGUGCCUGACUGCUGCAAAGAGGCCUUGGAGAUGAUUCCCUGAAACCACUAGGAUGCCUGGCUGUUUUAAAAAGACUUUAUUUGCUUUGGCUUCUCUAGUAAGUUUCGUGUCUUUCAUCUUGAUUGUUGUUGCAAUGGGGACCCCGAAGUGGAUGACUGGCAAGAUCCUUUGCAAAACAGGAGCUGACUUGGUCAAUGCCACAGAUCCAGAGCUGGUCAAGUUCAUUGGAGAAAUUUACUACGGACUCUUUCAGGGUGGUAAAAUACGCCAGUGUGGGUUGGGCGGGCGGCGUUCCAAGUUCACAAUUUUCCCACACAUGGUGAAAAAGCUGAAUACAGGCCUGCACGUGAUGAUUAUAAUGUUCCUCUGUGUGGCCAUUUUCUUUUCUCUGGUCAGUUUUGGAUUCUGCAUUCUUAACGCAGUAAAAGUUCCUUACCGGGCUAUUAAAGGUCCAGCAGGAGUAGGCCUUUGGAACUUCCUUGCAGGUGGAUUUAUAGUACUUGCAGUCACCAGCUUUAUGGCUGCUGUGAAACUUCAUCAGCUCACAGAAAGAAUUGCCAAUUUUCGGGAAAAUGCCUUUCAAUUUGUUAUCUUAGAAGAAGAGUUUGAAGACUGUUUUUGGGUUUGUGUGGCAAGUGCCACAGCACAUGCAGUGAAUUUGCUGCUAGUAGCCAUUAGUGGGAUUAAUUUCCCUAAAAUUAAGACUAAAACAGAAGAAGCAAAUGUUACAGCAGAAGAUAUCAUGUACUAAUAAAUCUACACAAAACUACUCUGAUCAAGUCAGGAUAGAAACAGCUUCUUGACUUUUCAGCUUUUGAUUUGGAUGGAUGAUUUUGGGUUAAAAAUGAGCGAAGAUGUCAGUCUACAAUAUCAGCCAUUAACAUGUGUGGGAAAGUGGGACAAAUGCUACAAGUAUCAUUAUUCUCAAAACUAACCUACACCUGCAGUGAAUAUAUGCUGUUCGCAGUUUUUAGAAAUUUCGCAUUUUGAGAUCUUUUGGGAAAAAUAGGAUUUCAUUGAAAGCAAGUGUUUUCUUUGUUGAGAAAGAAAAUGUGUGUAUCACAACUCAUGGAUACUAUAAGGUUAUUUCAAAACAGAAAGACUGGACAUUUGCCAACUACCUUAACAGAAUUAUCUGGAAAAUAAGAUAUGUUUGAUGAUAUUAACGCUGCAUUGAAAAAGAAAACUUCAUAAUCUGUGAGGCUAAAGUUAAGGGGAAGCACAGGCUAAGUAUGUGUGAAAUGUUUUCAAAACAGAAAGUAUCAAACCCCACUAAGUCAAGGCAUGAGAAGAGUCAAGUUUACAGGAUGCUAGUAGACUAUGAAAAAAAUAUUAGCUGCAAGAUGAAGGUUUCAUUGCAGCUUCUGGAAGUAAAGGUAAACAGAAUUCUAAAUAAUAGUGCUUUUAGAUAACCUGGAAAGUAAGAAUCUGACAUACUGUCUUCAGAACCUUGUCUUAUGUCUAUCUGAAAUCAAGUAAAAGUGAUGUGUGAUGAAACAGUGUUAUAAUGAAUAAAAAUGGUUAAACAGAUGGAAAA